AUGAGAGAAGAGGAGAGAGGCAAUCUGGGCAGAUUUGAGGUGUUCUUGGACGAAUCUGCAUCGAUCUGUUGCUGUUCUUCGCUUCUUCCUUCUCCUUUCCAUGUUUCUAGCCAAAUCAAGGAAGAAUCGGCAUCUGGAACUAGUCGGGCGACACCAAGUUUGGUAUCGGUCGACACGACACAAGUGGGUGUCGACCGACACAAGUGGGUGUCGACCGACACCAAGCGGGUGUCGCUCGACACUAAUCGAUCGUGCACCGCUGCUCUCUCACCUCCAAGAAAAACUUCUUCCGUUCAGAAAAUUCUCCCCCUUCCUCCGGAGCCACCGGAUCCGCCGGAUCCAUGGGUACUGUCCCCUCCACCGUUCUCUGCUGCAAUGAACCCCGAUCUCCACCUGCCGCCGUCUGCUACUGUAUCUCUUAUCCCUGAGAUGAGAUCUAGCCUCUCCUGCCUCACUCGCUCAGAUCUGUUGUGCUUCCCAUUUGAUACCGCAAAGGCUCACUGUUCUAAACAUCUUCUCUGUUUGCUUAAUUGUGUUGUGCCUUAG